AACGGAUGUUCGGCCAUGAUUCGGACAUCCGACGGCAGAAAUGUGCUAUAUGGGACUGUUGUGCCAGACAUUUGGAUCUUCCAGGCUGAUGACAAUUCUUCAAAAUGUUGGUAUCCUAAAACUUCUCGGCACAUUUCAUCAAAGAAACGUGAAGUACCAAAACCAUGUUGGUAUGUUUAUCCUUGUAUCGUCAGAAAGGAAUAUGGUAUAACAAUUUACAGUUUCAUAUUGUGUGGUUUUUCAAAUUUUGUUUACAUUUCAUCAGAUUCAUAUGAAUCUGCUCGUUCACAGGAGCACAUUGCUUUAAUUCAAUCAGACAUUAAUACUGAGGGUAAAGAUGAUGCCAGUCAACCUAACACGUCAUUGGGAAGGGGAAAGAGACACAAGAGGCCGAAUAAAAGAUUCUUGCCUUCAAGUGAUGAUGAAAGCGUUGGUGUAUAUGGACCCACCCAGCCAGAAACAAUUGUGAUUCCAAUAAUUCCAGGUAGCUUAUGUAGGAAUUCUGUUGAUGGUGGUGUUCCUGCUGUGCACCCAACAGCACCACUUGCAGUUCAGCGGAGAUGCAAUAAUUCUGUUGAUGACCCUGGUGUAUCUGGGCCCACUCAUACAGAAGCAAUUGUGAUUCCAACGGUUCCAGUUAGCCUAUUAAGGAAUUCUGUUGGUGGUGUUCCUGCUGCACUGCCAAUGACACCAUUUGAAGUUCAGCAAAGUUGCAGUAACUCUUUUGAGGAAGUCUCACAGCAUAUGAGAGGGGAAAUUACUGUUAAUUCUACGGAUGACAAUUCACCAGUUUCCUACAACAAUUUGUAUUCACAAGAAAUGCCCUAUUCCGGCACGAUUGUAAAUCAGCGGAUGAGUGUUGCGGUACCGAAUCAAUCAAACAUCUUGAGCGAAGGUAGUAUGUUUAGUUUGUUGGAAUGUUUUCGAAAAUAAAUGUUUAAAUCCUCUGUUUAGUAGAAAUGCCCAACGGUAGUACGCGUAAUGUUUUUUUUAAAUCAGAGGAAUCCAUCAAACACC